AUGUGGAAUGAAAUUCGUCUCAAAUUACAAAAAAUGACCAAGACAGCUAAAGAACUUGUUGAAGAAUGGUCUGACUAUAGUGAUUGUCCACAUCAACACCAUGAAAAAAGAAUAAGUUGGCUUGAAAUUGGUAUUGAAAAAAAUUUUAUAAAAUUAUUUGACUACAAUUCUUUUGAGAACUGGAAAUUAAUUGGCAGAGGAGGGUUUGGCACUGUAUAUAGUGCCUAUUCAAAUGAUAUAAAAAAUACUAUGGUACUAAAGAGUUUACAUGUUAACGAUAGUAAAAAUUUGUUAUAUUUGUUUGAUGGGUUUAUUAGAGAAUAA